AUGUCUGAUACGGAAAGUGUGUUUCACCCUACGGGCAACGGCCACAACACAUUGCACACGGAUGAAAUUUUAAACGAUCAUAGGAACCAAAAUACCAAUUCUGGUUCUGCAGUUAUUGAUGAAGGAGAUGACCACCCUGAGCCAACAAGUGCUCCUCAGGAAAAAUCUCAAGUCAACGAUCGUGCCACUAGUAGACCAGAAGAUGAUUUAGCUGAAAAUAUCAAUACUGGUUCUGCUCCAGUUCCAGUUACCAGUAGAAGAAAAAGUACGAGAAGAGGAUCAUCGAGAAGACAGUCGGUGGGAGAGGGUACACUGCCUUCUCAAUACCAAGCGUAUAACCAUGGACAACCAAAUAGAUCGUACAUGACUUCAUUGCGGAAGGAUUUUUACUUGAAAGAUGAUGAUGACAACACCGCAUUGCCAACUCCUAUUAUCAACAUUCCAUCGAACAGUGGCAAAGCGCGAAGCAAGUCAACCAUUGAGAAUUUGGCUCCAAUUAUGAAGAAAAAGACACAUCGCAGCAACUCGAAUAACUUGGAGGCCGAUAUUCUGAGCCCAAUGACAAAGAUUAAAACCAAUGACUCCUUUAUAAUCACCAACAACGGUAAUGGGGAAGAAGUUAAAAUGAGAAGGCCUUCAAGGUCGUCGAUAGAUAGUGAAGCAGACUCCCAUGGAUCGAGAACCUCACAAGAAACAGAGGAAGAUGUUUGUUUUCCAAUGAUACGAGAACAUGUCAAGGUUAAUGGUAUUGAUUUUGAUGAAAUAGAUGAAUUUAUUCGGGAGGAAAGAGAGGAAGCCGAAUUACAACGUGAAUUUUUAACCAGAAACCAGCUGGCAAUUGAAGAAAUUAGCCAUGAGAAUUCGCGAAAGUUUGAUAGUUUUGGACGCGGUAACAGCGUCAAUGGGAUGCCUUCGAGUACAUCGGGCUUAAGUAGACAACCAACCAGCACGGCUGCACUCAAAUACACGCCAAAGAAUAUUUUAUAUAAAACUUUUCAACGUUCUAACGAAGUUCCAGAGUCAACUAGCACUACUACCUCGUCGUUGGAAGAAAUUAAAGCUAAACAAACUAUGGAGGCCGAUGAUGCUUCAUCAAUGGAACAGGUCAAAUUUGGCGGUGCUCGUGUAACUGACGGCACUAACGGCACAUUGCCUGACAGAUUUUCAUUUUUCCAUUCUGAGUCUGAAGAGACGGUGCAUGCACCUGAUAUCCCAUCGCUAGUUCCCAAUGGUGAAUCAAUACAGGAGCUAUUCCAUAAUGGAGAAAAGACAUGGUGGUUGGACUGCACGUGUCCCACUGAUGCUGAGAUGAAGAUGCUUGCCAAGGCGUUUGGGAUCCAUCCCUUGACGGCAGAAGAUAUCCGAAUGCAGGAAACAAGAGAAAAAGUGGAAUUGUUCAAGAGCUACUACUUUGUCUGUUUCCACACGUUUGAAUCUGACAAGGAGUCAGAGGACUAUCUUGAGCCAAUCAACGUUUAUAUUGUUGUUUUCCGCGACGGUAUUCUUACAUUUCAUUUCUCGCCCUUGACACACCCAGCCAAUGUUAGAAGAAGAGUGAGACAGUUGAGAGAUUAUGUUGAUGUUACUGCCGAUUGGUUAUGUUAUGCAAUGAUUGAUGAUAUCACUGAUAGCUUUGCUCCUGCUAUACAGGGUAUCGAAUAUGAGGCAGAUGCAAUUGAAGAUGCAGUGUUUACUGCAAGAGACACAGUAUUCAGCAAUAUGUUGCAAAGGAUUGGAGAGUCACGAAGAAAAGUAAUGACAUUGAUGAGGUUACUCUCAGGAAAAGCAGACGUUAUCAAGAUGUUUGCCAAGAGGUGUCAAGAUGAAGCAGCAUUAGGAUACAGAGGAGCACAAUGGGGGUUUAAUCAAGACAACGUCGCUUCACAAUCAGCCAAUAUAUCGAGCCCUCAUUCAAGCCAGGAGGCUGCUGAAGAGAAACCGGGCCCUCUGUCCAGUAAUCACUAUCAACAAUGGCAGCAGAAAGUGGUGAAAAAUGCUCGGCCCCGUGCAGAUAUUGCUUUAUACUUGGGCGAUAUUCAGGACCAUAUAAUCACAAUGUUUCAAAACUUGUUGGCGUAUGAAAAGAUAUUUUCACGGUCUCAUUCCAACUACUUAGCCCAAUUGCAAGUUGAAAGCUUGGGUGAAAACAAUAAAAUCACGCAAAUGUUUUCCAAAGUUACCAUUAUUGGUACCAUGUUGAUUCCUUUGAAUUUGGUCACUGGUUUAUUCGGAAUGAAUGUUACAGUUCCCGGUCAAGACUCAAGUAUUGCAUGGUUCUUUGGUAUACUUGGAGUUCUCUUGGCUUUGUUGGGUUUGAGUGUUGUGGCUGCAAAUUGGUGGUUGGAGAGGGUGAAUAAACGUAUUAAUAAUGAACCCCGUCCUGUUUUCAGUGCCAGAAAAAGUUUCAAAAGUUUGAGAAUGAAAGACAUUGGUAAUAGAUCAAUAAAUAGUUUUGUUUAG